AUGCGAUGUGUGCUGACCGAAGAGGUAUCCGAGACAGCCGCUGCAAAAGAAAAGAAUAAUCCCAGUCUUACCGUAGCGGCCAGGCCUAAUAAUGAAAGUGACGUCACCGUAAAGUUUUAUGACUUUCCUGACCUAAACGACGAUACGGGAGGCGAAGAGAUCAAUAACGUCAGCACCGUCAGUGGCGGCAACGUCACAAGCGUUGUCAAAGACGUUUAUGUCACAAGUGACGUGAAUGGCGUCAGUGGCUUCACAGUUCCGAGGGUUCCGAGUCACGAGCCAAAUAACGAGCGAAAGUUGUGUGAUAAGCCGUCGGAUUUAGGUCCAAUUUCAGUGAAUACAUCAGAUAUAUCGCUAGAUGUCGUAGAGCAGAAAUAUCCUGAGGUGAAGUUGGGAGGGCGGUACUCACCGCUCGACUGCUUAGCUAGGCACAGAGUUGCGAUCAUAGUGCCAUUCAGAGAUAGACUGAAGAACUUGGCAACAUUCUUGAAUCACAUGCAUCCGUUUCUGAUGAAACAACGACUAGACUAUGGUAUAUUUAUCGUGGAACAAACAGGCACUCACGAGUUCAACCGCGGCAAGCUCUUAAACGUGGGUUUUCUCGAGGCAGGUAGAUGGGAGUGCUACAUAUUCCACGACAUAGAUUUGUUGCCGGUCGACCAGCGAAACCUCUACAAUUGCCCGCAUCCGUGGCACCCGAGGCUGUAUGACGCCGCUGCUAUGGAGGGAAAUGAGGACAAUGUCGGGUCAGAUUCCUGCUGCUGCAAAAUCGGCUCCGGCACGGCGGAGGAUGACACGUCGGAGCUCAUGCAGCUGAUGAACGUGGGUUUUCUCGAGGCUGAUGGAUGGGAGUGUUACAUAUUCCACGACAUCGAUUUGUUGCCGCUCGAUCAGCGGAACCUCUACAAUUGCCCGCAUCCGUGGUACCCGAGGCUGUAUGACGCCGCUGCUAUGGAGGGAAAUGAGGACAAUGCUCAUGCAGCUGAUGAACAGCUCAUGCAGCUGAUGAACGUGGGUUUUCUCGAGGCUGGUGGAUGGGAGUGCUACAUAUUCCACGACAUCGAUUUGUUGCCGCUCGACCAGCGGCACCCCUACAAUUGCCCGCAUCCGUGGUACCCGAGGCUGUAUGACGCCGCUGCGUUGGAGGGAAAUGAGGACAAUGCUAAAUUGAAAGGGAAUUUUGGCGGAGUCUCAGCCCUGACUGAGGAACAAUUUGCCAAAGCGAACGGCUACUCCAAUAGUUAUUGGGGAUGGGGUGGUGAGGACAAUGACUUGUAUUACAGAUUGUUAGGUUCCGGAUACACAGUCACACAGUACAACUCAGCUAUAGCUCGAUAUGUAGCGUUGAAGCACAAACAAAAAUCACGGAACCCAAAAAGAUACCGACUACUACUUCAAACGAUCAAGGCCUUCCAAUUGGACGGAUUGUCCUCCUUGGAGUACAGACUUGUUUCCAAAAUUCAGAAAAAUCUCUACACCCACAUAGUGGCCAACAUCGACCAUACGUACGAUGAAAUACAAGAGCUGUUCCAAGAGCAUAACAACUUUAGAAAUUUGAAGAAAAUGUUUGUACUCCGUGCAAAGCAAAGUCAAUCAAACUCGACAAUUGUACCUAAACGUAAACGUCGACCAAGGAUUACAAGGCCUUAUUCAAGAUUUACAAGACCACACCGAUUUACCGCCGAUGUGAUGAUGAGAGAUUUUUGA